AUGAGUAAAUUUGGAAGAUGCAUGGACAUUAUUAUAAACUCUUUUGAAUGCUUUGCAAAGUUUCUUGGUCAUUUCCUAAUAGCUUUUGUAUUUUUUGCAAUCUCAUUCUUGUAUACAAGUGGCACAUUUUUUAUUUUUCCUUUUAUGAUCAAAAACUCAAUUAUUCUCAUAUUCACAAGAUUAACACUGCUUUUUUUUACUGUAAAUCUUGUAUAUAAUUAUAUUUUAUGCCUUAUUAUUUGCCCUGGGUUUGCAAAUCCCAGCAACAAAUAUGAGGUCACAAGGAGUGAAAUAACGCAAUUAGAUAUUGAAAAUGGUGAAUCUCUAUUUUUAGAAAGCGAAAAUAAUUGUGUAACUCAAUUUGAAUAUAGGUUGAAUAUUUUAGAUGAACGCACUCCUCCAAAUGAACAACAUUUUUUACCAGAACACUACACAACUAGUGGUAAAAAUGAUUUGUUUAUUGAACCAAACAAAAGUUACAUGAAAAAUUGUUCCAAAUGUAAUGCAAUAAAGUAUCCAAGGACUCAUCAUUGUUCAGUUUGUAAUAAAUGUAUUUUAAAUAUGGAUCAUCAUUGUCCAUGGAUAGGGCAGUGUGUUGGUCUCUAUAAUCGGAAGUAUUUUGUUUUAUUUUUGGCUUGGUCAUUUUUAAGCUGCUCUUUAAUUUCCAUAUUUUCAAUACCAAUGAUUAUAAUAUUAAUUUCAUCUUUAUCUGGAAUUGACUAUUACAGCGACAAGUCACUUUAUGACAAUAUCACUUUCCAAGGAUUGCUUUUUACAUCAGUACUUUCAAUUUCCUUUUCUUUAGGUACUGGUGCGUUGUUUUUUUUUCAUAUAUACCUUUUAGUAACAAACCAAUCAACUAUUGAAUACCACCAAAAUUUGUUUACUAGAAAAAAUUUCAAUGAAGGUGAAGUUCGGAUAAACCAAUUUGACAAAGGUUUUUCCAAUAAUAUUAAAGAAAUUAUGGGCACAAAUAGAUUUCCUCUAAUACUAUUUCCCUGUUUUUAUUAA